AUGGAAAACUACGUACAAGUUACCGAAAUUGCUAAUGGUGCUUAUGGCCGAGUCUACAAAGCUCGUGAUUUGAACCAUAAUCGAUUGGUUGCUUUAAAAAAGAUAGCGGUCAUUAAUGAUGAGCAGGGUAUUCCCAUUUCUACCAUUCGUGAAAUAACCUCUUUGAAAUCGUUACAAUCAUUCGGCCAUCAAAAUAUUGUGAGGCUCUAUGAUAUCUUUGCAAACUAUACAGUUGAUCGACGAACUAUGGAUUUAACGUUAGUAUUUGAACAUGUUGAACAAGAUUUACAAACAUAUAUAAGAAAUUGCCCUUCAGCUGGCAUUGACACACGUAAAAUUAAGGACAUCAUUUAUCAGAUAGUUAAUGCUAUCGAUUUUCUACAUGCUAAUCGAAUAGUCCAUCGUGAUUUGAAACCACAAAAUGUCCUCAUUAGUCGACAAGGAAUUGUUAAAGUCGCAGAUUUUGGCUUAGCUAAAGUAUUUUGUGAAAAUGUGCCAAUAACUUCUGUGGUAGUAACGCUAUGGUAUCGAUGUCCUGAAGUACUCUUGCAAUCGACGUAUGCGACUCCUGUAGAUAUGUGGAGUGUUGGAUGUAUUAUGGCAGAAUUAUACCUUAGAGAGCCUUUAUUUUGCGGUCAGACUGACAUUGACCAAUUGCAGAAAAUAUUUAGCAUGACUGGAUUGCCUGAUGAAUCUGAGUGGCCAGUAAACAUUCCUUUUUCCCGAAGUACAUUUUGUCAGUAUACGCGUAGACCGGUUCAGUAUAGUGAAAUGAUGCCUGAAAUUUGCCAGGAUGGAGUCGAUUUAUUACAGAAAUUACUUAAAUUCAAUCCUAAGGAAAGACUGACAGCUGAAGAAUCGUUGCAGCAUCCUUACUUUCAAGAUGUUUUACCUUCUGAAAAAUCAGAUAAUCACGGUGACGUUAACGGACGUCAAUGA